AUGGCUCCCAAGACCGUCAUCGACACCAGCCUGGUGUUCCUCUAUGUGUGCCUGUUGAAGUCCGAUUUCAAGACCAUCGACUUCAAAGCCGUCGCCGACGCCACCGAGCUGAACGUCGGAGCCGCGCGCAUGCGUUACUCCCGGCUCAAGAAGCAACUCGACGGUGCCGUCAAAGAUGACGGAAAAUUUGACCUGAAGCGCGGCGAAACUGGUGAAACCAGCGCCAGUGCCAGUGCCAGUGCCAGCACCACCCCCAUGACUACUCCUGUCAAGAAACAGGCUGCCACCACCAAUGACAAUGAUGCCGUUGACGGCGCCUCCCCUGUUGCCAAGAAGAGGAGCCCGAAGCGCAAGAAGGUCGAGAAAGAGGACUCGGAUGAUGAGCUUGUCAUGGCUGAUGCUUCGGCUGCUGAGGGGGAGAAGAAAUCUCCUGGUGAAGAUGAGGAGAAGUGA